AUGGCGGCCGUUUUGGAGUCGCUUCUGCGAGAGGAGGUGUCGGUCGCAGCCGCCGUGCGGUGGAUCGCGCGCAGCACCCAGAGUUCGGAGGAUAACCCCGGCGAGGCGGCCACGCUGAACUCACUCCAGCCACUGCGGAAGGAAUUCGUGCCGUUCCUGCUGAACUUCCUGAGGGAGCAGAGCAGCCGCGUCCUACCGCAGGGUCCCCCAACACCCGCCAAAGCCCCGGGCGCCUCGGCUGCCUUGCCAGGGAGGCCGGGGGGCCCGCCGCGGGGCGGCCGCGGGGUGCGCAGCCAGCUCUUCCCCCCGACCGAGCCCCAGAGCACCGCUGCCGAGGCCCCUCUGGCCCGCCGCGGGGGCAGGAGGCGGGGCCCAGGGCCGGCCCGCGAGCGAGGAGGCCGAGGCCCCGGGGGUCUGGAGGAGGGGAUCAGCGGGGAGAACCUGCCCUGGGCCGGGGGCCGGAGGCUUAGGGGCUCCGGCAGCCCCGACAGCCCCGACAGCCCCAGCCUCGCGCUCUCGGAUCCACCAAACCUCAGCAACCUGGAGGAGUUCCCUCCCGUAGGCUCGGUUCCCACCGGCCGUGCAGGCAGGACGAAGCCUUCACGCAGGAUCAACCCAACUCCGGUGAGCGAAGAGCGGUCACUCUCCAAGCCCAAGACCUGCUUCACCUCACCCCCAAUCAGCUGUGUCCCCAGUUCCCAACCCUCAGUCCUGGACACUAGCCCCUGGGGCCUUGGCCUUCCCCCAGGGUGCAGAAGUCUGCAAGAGGAGCGGGAGAUGCUCAGGAAGGAGCGCUCUAAGCAGCUGCAGAGGUCACCUACCCCUGCCUGUCCCACCCCAGAUUCGGGGUCUCCCCUCCCCAGCCGGACAGGAAGACUCACAGCUGAACCCGCUGACCCUGCCAGAGUGUCUUUCCGCCAGCGCCUGGAGCUGGUAGCCCAUGUCUACUCCUCAUGCAUUGCUGAGAACCUAGUACCAAACCUCUUCUUGGAGCUUUUCUUCGUCCUUCAGCUCCUUACUGCCCGACGGAUGGUGGCUGUCAAGGACAGUGACGUUGAACCAAAUCAAGAUUCCCUGGAAAGUCCACUGUUCCAGAGCAUCCAUGAUUGUGUCUUCUUUGCAGUACAGGUUUUGGAGCAUCAAUUUCAAGUUCUUUCCUACCUAGACAAAGGGACCUUGAAGCUGCUGGCUGAGAAUGAGCGGCUGCUGUGCUUCUCACCAGCUCUGCAAGGCCGCCUUCGAGCUGCUUACGAGGGCAGCAUUGCCAAGGUCUCUCUGGCGAUGCCACCCUCUGCUCAAGCUGUCUCCUUUCAGCCAGAGACUGACAAUCGUGCCAACUUCUCCAGUGACCGAGCCUUUCAUACUUUUAAAAAACAGAGGGAUGUGUUUUAUGAGGUGCUUCGAGAGUGGGAAGAUCGCCAUGAGGAGCCUGGCUGGGAUUUUGAGAAGGGCUUGGGCAGCAAGAUCAGAACCAUGAUGGGUCAACUCUCUGCAGCUUGCAGCCAUAGCCACUUUGUUCGGCUUUUCCAAAAACAACUUCUCCAGAUGUGUCAGAGCCCUGGUGGUACUGGGGGCAUGGUCUUGGGUGAGGCUCUGGAUGUGCUGAGUAUGCUGGGAGCCGACAAGCUGGGGCGGUUGCGACGCCUACAGGAACGGCUUGUGGCCCCUCAGAGCAGUGGGGGGCCCUGCCCACCCCCCACCUUCCCAGGCUGUCAAGGCUUCUUCAGGGACUUCAUCCUGAGUGCCAGCAGCUUCCAGUUUAAUCAGCAUCUCAUGGAUAGUCUGAGCUUGAAGAUCCGGGAGCUCAAUGGCCUCGCCCUGCCUCAGCAUGAGGCCAGUGAUGAAGAUGGGGAGUCUGAUGUAGACUGGCAGGGUGAACGGAGGCAGUUUGCUGUGGUGCUGCUUAGCCUGAGGCUUUUGGCUAAAUUUCUAGGCUUUGUGGCUUUCCUGCCAUACCGGGGGCCAGAACCACCCCCGACUGGUGAGCUUCAGGACUCCAUUCUGGCCCUCAGGAGCCAGGUCCCUCCAGUCCUGGAUGUGCGGACUCUGCUGCUGCAGGGGCUGCAGGCCCGCCGAGCAGUGCUCACUGUUCCCUGGCUGGUGGAGUUCCUUUCCCUUGCUGACCACAUUGUUCCCUUGCUGGACUAUUACCGGAGCAUCUUUACUCUCCUGCUGCACCUACAUCGGAGCUUGGUCUUAUCACAGGAAAGUGAAGGAGAGAUGUGUUUUCUGAACAAGCUGCUGCUGCUUGCUGUCCUGGGCUGGCUUUUCCAGAUUCCCACAGUCCCUGAGGACUUGUUCUUUCAGGAAGAUGGUCAGUUGGAUGCCUUUGAGGUGGACAUAGUAGCCUCAGAGCAUGGGUUGGACAGUGUGCCUGUGGUGGACCAGCAGCUGCUCUACACCUGCUGUCCCUACAUCGGAGAGCUCCGGAAACUCCUUGCUUCAUGGGUAUCAGGCAGCAGUGGACGGAGUGGGGGCUUUGUGAGGAAAAUCACCCCCACCACCACAACCAGCCUGGGAUCCCAGCUUCUUCAGACAAGCCAGGGGCUGCAGGCACAGCUUGCCCAGGCUUUUUUCCACAACCAGCCGCCCUCCCUGCGCAGGACUGUGGAGUUUGUGGCAGAGAGAAUUGGAUCGAACUGUGUCAAACAUAUCAAGGCCACGCUGGUGGCAGAUCUGGUGCGCCAGGCAGAGUCACUUCUCCGAGAGCAGCUGGUGAUGCAGGGACAGGAAGGGGGAGAUCCAGCCCAGCUGUUGGAGAUCUUGUGUUCCCAGCUGUGCCCCCACGGGGCCCAAGCCUUGGCCCAGGGGCGGGAAUUCUGCCACAGGAAGAGCCCUGGGGCUGUGCGGGCACUGCUUCCAGAGGAGACCCCGGCAGCUGUUCUAAGUAGUGCAGAGAACAUUGCUGUGGGGCUUGCAACAGAGAAAGCCUGUGCAUGGUUGUCAGCCAACAUCACAGCGCUGAUUAGGAGGGAGGUGAAAGCGGCAGUGAGUCGCACACUUCGAGCCCAGGGUCCUGAACCGGCUGCCCGGGGGGAGCGGAGGGGCUGCUCCCGCGCCUGUGAGCACCACGCUCCCCUCCCCUCCCACCUCAUCUCCGAGAUAAAAGAUGUGCUCUCCCUGGCUGUGGGGCCUCGCGAUCCUGAGGAGGGAGUUUCUCCAGAGCGUCUAGAGCAGCUCCUAGGCCAGUUGGGCCAGACGCUGCGGUGCCGCCAGUUCCUGUGCCCACCUGCUGAGCAGCAUCUAGCAAAGUGCUCUGUGGAAUUAGCUUCCCUCCUUGUUGCAGACCAAAUUCCCAUCCUAGGGCCCCCAGCACAGCACAGGCUGGAGAGAGGGCAGGCUCGAAGGCUUCUGCACAUGCUGCUUUCCCUGUGGAAGGACGACUUUCAGGGGCCAGUUCCCCUACAGCUGCUGCUGAGCCCAAGAAAUGUGGGGCUUCUGGCAGACACACGGCCAAGGGAGUGGGACCUGCUGCUGUUCUUGCUCCGGGAGCUGGUAGAGAAGGGUCUGAUGAGACGGAUAGAGAUAGAGGCCUGCCUGGGCAGCCUCCAUAAGGCCCAGUGGCCAGGGGACUUCUCUGAAGAAUUAGCAACACUAUUUAACCUGUUUCUAGCUGAGCCCCACCUGCCAGAACCCCAGCUAAGAGCAUGUGAGCUGGUGCAGCCAACCCGGGGGACUGUGCUGGCCCAGAGCUAGGACUGGAAAGUGGCCCUGCCUUGGGCAUCACAACAGAACCUUGGAACCCUACCUGACUGUGCCUCAGGAGGAACCCCAAGUGCCCACUGCUGACCCUUGCUGGAGCAGGUGUAGAUGGAUCUGUAAUGAGAUUUCCUGCUCAGAUGUGAAGGAAGUAUGUGGCUGGAUGGCAUUCCACCAACUGCAGGCUUACCACUUGAAUUCUAGAGGAAGAAGAGGUCACCUGAUUCAGGAUUAUGGUGGAAAACCCUAGAGCCUCCAGUCCUGGAGCAGAAGAGUUGGUGUUUCAUCACUUGGAUACUAAAUUAAAUGAUGUGUGUGGGCUUGUUGACAUAGGAUUCAAGCCUUAUUUGCUGCUCUCCCAGCAUCUCUCAAAACCUUGUGGUUCUGGGAAAUCAUGACAGAGGCAAAUGACUUCUGAUUAACUUGUGAGGACAGUUAACAUCUCGGGAGUCUACGUUUUCUUACCACUAGGAACUGGAUUAUCUCCUUAAAAAUGCACAACAGAUAAGAAGGUAAGACUCACUGGACUGAAACCUGGCUUUACCCCUAUAUCUUCAGCCCCUGGGCAGGUAGUAACUCUUUAGACCCUAAUCUCUGUCCAAGGACCAAGCACAGGGCAGAACAGUAGAGCUUUUUAAAAUAAACUGUUUUCUUUA